AUGAGCAGGACUUGGUUCUGGGCAGCCGAUGCUCAUCCCCCGCCCCUCCGCUCCUACCCUGUGUUGUCUGUCCAUGUUGCAUACACCGAUGGCAAUAACUUCUUCCAGCUCCUCGGGCAAGUGGGAGAGGCCUGCAGCCGGCCCUGCGAGGGAGCUUUUCUCUCUCUCUCUCUCUCUCUCUCUCUCUCUCUUGCUUGCUCUAGCUCUCGCUCUCCUCCUGUUUCAGCCGCAGGGAGCCUGUCCCCAUUCCUCUCACCCCUCACAGCUGCAGUUCUCAACCCAUGCCUCCCUCCGUGGAUGAGGUCUUGCCUUUGA